GCCGCUUUUUGCAAAACUUUGAAUUGUACGGCUCAGGUGGAGGCACACAGCGCGCAGAUCGCGUGUGUUUCGGGCCUCUCGCUGCCACCAUCGUUCACCGGCUGCGUUUUAGGCAGCGCGCGCGGUCCCUUUGGCUAGAAGCCGGGCAUUUGCCCCGCAGCGCAUAACCAUGGCCGCCGCAUUGGGUGAGGCCAACGCGCCGCCGGCCGCAGCACCGGAGGAAGAAGAAACGCCGCGCUUCAGCGUCGGCGAGCUCGUCGAGGUCAAGCCGCGCACGUUCCCGGGCAUGAACAAGCCCGGCGGCACGGCCACGAUCCGCAAGGUCCACGACGAAAGGGAGAAGGACGGGGGGCCCAUGAAGGACGGCUCCGUGAAGCGCACGACGGGCUUUACGUACGCCGUCAAGUACGUGCUGAACGGCUCCGAGAAAAGGGUGGAUGCGCAGUGGAUCUCGGCCAAGGUCGAGGUGAGCCGGGAAGAGGCCCAGGACGCGCGGCGCGAGGAGGCCGCGAAGCGCAAGGCCGAGCGCGAGGCCGAGGAGGCGCGCAAGCUGCAAGAGGAGGCCGAGCGCCAGGCCCGCAAGCGCGCCGCGCGCGAGAAGGUGAAGCAGCUCCGCGCCGCCAAGGCCGCGCGGAGCCAGCCGCCGCCGGCCAAGAAGCCGCGCGUCGCCGCGCCCGCGUCCGUCGCGGAGGCCGCGCCCGCGCCGCCGCCGCCGCCGCCCGUCGCCGAGGAGCCCGCCGACGUCAAAUGGAUGCGCGGCGUGCUCGCGGCCGCGCCGCGCGAGUCGCCGGACGAGGUCGACCUCGAGGCGCUCUUCGCCGCGGCGCUCGCGGUCCCGCCGCCGCCCGGGGCGUCGAACGACGAGGCCGCGGUCCGGGACCUCCUCGGCAAGCUCGAGGCCGACAACUGCGUCAUGGUCUGCGAGGGGACCGUGUUCCUCGUCUGA